UGGAGGAUGACGCCAGCAGAGGCUACAGAGGAGCUAACAGCAUCAACAUACAAACACACACUGGCAAGAGCUAAAGGCUUACAGACAGACAGACAGAGAUUGGUGGAAGGAGGCAGAUGCCAGCAGCACACACUCAAACACACACACACACACACUGACAGAGGGAGCUGCAGUGAAGCUGGCUGGUUAGCAUGGAGGUAGAUGCCGGCAGCACACACACAAACACACACACACACACACUGACACAGGGGGAACUGCAGUGAAGCUUGCUGGUUAGCAUGCUUAGAAUAUAUGUCUAACCAAUAGACACACACAUACACACACACUCUCUCUCUCAGCUAUGCAGUGUCUGAGGCUUCUUAUUGGACGAUGUAGUCAAACUUCUGAUUGACGGACAGCUCUUUGGGGGGGGGCGGACUCUGGUGGCGGAGAUGAUGUCAAAGAGAGGAGCAGGGGGGCGAGGAAAGGGGGAGCGACCUGAUGCCAUGGCAACUCUUCAAGCAGCCAAUGAGGAGCUGAGAGCCAAACUGACAGAAAUCCAGAUCGAACUACAACAUGAGAAGAACAAGGUAAGCCGUCUGGAGAGAGAGAAGAGUCAGGAGCUGAAGGCGGAGCACCAUCGGGCGACGGUCACCGUGACCGAGUUGAAGACCAAACUUCACGAGGAGAAACACAAGGAGCUGACGGUGACUAGAGAGACGUUACUACGGCAACACGAGAUGGAGCUGAUGAGGGUCAUCAAGAUAAAAGACGGAGAGAUUCAGCGGCUGAACGGCCUGGUGCUGAUGCUGAGGGACGGAUCCACGGACAAGGUGAGGAGCGCCCUACUGGCAGAGGUGGAGGAAGCGAGGAGGAGCUGGGAGUUGGAGCGUUGUCGCCUCCAGCAGGAGGUGCAGGAGCAAAGAGGAGCAAAGAAGAAUGCUGAGGAGGCUCUGACAUCGGCACAGCAGGCCUGCCAGGUCAGAGCAGCUGAACUGCGAUCAGCUCAUCACCAACACCAGGAAGAGCUGAACAGGACCAAGAGAGACUGUGAGAGGGAGAUCCGCCGACUGAUGGAUGAAAUUAAGUUGAAGGACAGAGCUGUCAGUGUUUUGGAUAAAGCCCUGGGGCUGCAGGCUGGACACGCCCACCGCCUCCAGCUGCAGGCUCAGGCUGCUGAGCAGCAAAUCGCAGCACUGAGAGAUGCACAGAGGGUUGGGCUAUACUACCCUGGUCAAGCCCUUAACCCCACCACUAACACUGCUCCUCACACUUCUCAGGAGGACCGGGACACGCGGAGGUUUCAGUUAAAAAUCGCUGAGCUCAGUGCCGUCGUCAGGAAGUUGGAGGAUCGAAAUGCUCUGAUGUCUGAAGAACGAAACGAACUGCUGACGCGUCUGAGAGAGACAGAGAGUCAGUUUAAUCCUCUUCUGGACAAAAACAAGCGUCUGAGCAGGAAGAACGAGGAGCUGGCGCUCACGCUGCGUCGCCUCGAUAACAAACUGCGCUUCGUCACACAGGAGAACAUGGAGAUGGUAACUAUGAGAAGACCAAGUUCUUUAAACGACCUGGACCGGAGCCGCGCCACCAGUUACCAUGGUUACAGCCAGGAUGAGAGGGAGAUGGAGUUUCUACGUUUACAAGUUCUGGAGCAAAAACACAUCAUCGACGACGUGUCCAAGGCUCUGGAGACAGCUGGUUAUGUAAAUAAUGUUAUAGAGAGAGACAUGUUACUGAGAUACAGACGACAGGAAUCAGUCGGGAGGAAACGAACCUUCAAAGCCUGCCGGGUCAUAGAGACGUUCUAUGGCUAUGAUGAGGAAGUGUCUGUGGACUCUGAUGGAUCAUCUUUGUCGUUCCACACUGACAGAACUCCUGAAACAGAACCAGACGAGGUGUGUGUGCGCGAGGAGGCUGAGUUUCGUUACUGUCAGCUGACUCAGGAAUAUCAAGCGCUGCAGCGAGCGUACGCCCUGCUGACGGAGACCAGCGGAGUCCACUAUGACGCGGAGAAGGAGAUCAAGACCAGAGAGCAGUUGCUGACUGAAAUCAGUCAAUAUCAAACCAGAGUGGCAGACCUGGAGUCCGCACUGGAACAACAAGGACAGGAUGUGAAGUGGGUCGAGGAGAAGCAGGCAUUGUAUCAAAGAAAUCAACAGCUGGUGGAGAAGAUAAAACAAAUGGAAGGUGAGGAGCUGCAGCUGGAAGAUGAAAUCCAGGACGUCAGAGAUCAAAACGAACUGCUGGAGUUUCGGAUUUUAGAGCUUGAGGAGAGGGAGCGACGCUCACCUGCCAUUAACUUCCAACAACUCCAUUUCCCAGAAGGCCUCAGUCCCCUACAGAUCUACUGCGAGGCUGAAGGGGUCUCUGACAUUGCUAUCUGUGAGUUGAUGAAGAAGCUGGACAUUCUAGGAGAUAACGCCGUAAGUAAUCUGUCCAAUGAGGAGCAGGUGGUGGUGAUCCAGGCCAGAACGGUUCUAACUCUAGCAGAAAAGUGGUUGGAGUCCAUUGAGGGGACAAAGUCGGCUCUACAGCAAAAGAUGUUGGACAUUGAAAGUGAGAAGGAUCUGUUCAGUAAACAGAAAGGUUAUCUGGAUGAAGAGUUGGACUACAGGAAGCAGUCAAUGGAUCAGGCUCAUAAGAGGAUCCUGGAGCUGGAGGCCAUGUUGUUUGAGGCUCUGCAGCAGGAGGAGUUCAGGAUGGAGGGAUUAAAGAUGGAGCAGGGUCGCCUGUCUGAAACACUGACGGAGGACGAGAAGGACGGGCUGAGGAAAGCAAUGGACCAAUGGAAACGUUCUGUGAUGUGUGAGCUGAGAGAGAGAGACACCCAGAUCCUUAGAGAGAGGAUGGAACUACUGCAACUGGUACAACAGAGGAACAAGGAACUAGAGGAAAGCAUAGAAGCACAGAAGCGACAGAUAAAAGAGCUGGAGGAGAAGUGUCUGCAGGCCUCCAGAGUCCAGCUGCUGAACAUUCAGCAGGGUCAGCUCAGUCUGGAUCAGACCAAGCAACCUGAGGAUUCAGAAGGAUUCAGGGUAUAAACCAGCGGUUUACAGACUGAGGCUUGUCGGCUUUACUGCCUCACUGACCUGCCUCUGAAUGCUGUCAGCCCAACAGAGCCGGACACAGCUGUCAGCUGAAUCUGGAACUACACAGUCGCAUCUCAAAGACGAAGACAUGGACCGCUACAGAUUUAUGUGUGCGUUUCAAGUGAUGAAAACCACAACCAGCAACAUGCUUUCUAGCUCACUGUGAGCUACUGUUGACCGAUAACUUCUGGUGCAGACACCUGAUGUG